AUGCCUUCCUCAACAACAAGUUCGACUGCUGGUGCGGCUCUUUGUGGCUUUGAAGUCAUUCUCAUUGCAAAAAUGCUUUCAGUCUUUGUGGUCCUCGGAGUGGUCUCCAUCUCCAACAGUUUUCUAGUAGACUCGGACAUCCCCAAGCAUCACUUAUUCUACAUCUUUGGAACCUGCUAUUUUGGACUCUUUAGUCUCAUCUCAUUUUUGCUCUUGCAUUCCACUGGUGCUGCUGACGCUGGAAAUCUCAUUCAGACGGACCAGAAGGAUCAAGAAAACCCACCGUCUGCCGCUGCUACAUUUGAUUCAGGCCUCGACAUGUGCCGGAAUGCAUUUCUCAUGAUGGGAAAGAACGGAGAAACACAAGAAUUGACGGAGAAAAUCCAGGCCAUGGAUCUUUUGACAAAGGAAUUCGUUCAGCUUCAGUCUAAUUUUGCCAACGAGGGAAUCCUUCUACACCACAGCGACAUUUGGAUCAACACUUUUUCCUUCUUGGGUGUCGGGCAUUACGCCUACGUGGCGGGUGUGAACAAACGCAUGAAGGAAGUCUACCUGCAAUAUUGUGCAACGGCAGAAGACUCGCCACAGUUGAGGCGGCCUGAAUGGCGCGCCGCUGAGGCGACAGACACUACAAGUGGUGCUGCAUUUUCCAGUGUGGCCUGUGCUGAAUACUGGGAAAAGGAUAUCUCCGAUACCAAAACGCCAGAUCCUGAUAAGGUUUGCGACAGCAUUGCCAAGGCUGGGAGUCUUGCAGUAAUUCAAUGGGCACGCGAAAAAGGAUAUCAGUGGAAUGAACAUACAUGCACCGUGGCUGCAGGCAAGGGGCAUCUGGACAUUUUGAAAUAUGCGCGCUCGCUUGGCUGUCAUUGGGACAGUGGGACUUGCUCUGCUGCAGCCAAAGGUGGGCAUUUGGAAACUCUGAAGUGGGCUCAUGACAAUGGAUGCCCAUGGCGUACGGACACCUGCCGUGAAGCUGCCAGUGAAGGCCACUUGGAAAUCCUACAAUAUGCCCGUUGGCAUGGCUGUCCUUGGGACGCAUGGACAUGCUUUUCAGCUGCACGACGUGGACACCUCCACAUUUUGAAAUGGGCUAUAGACGAUGGAUGCCCUUGGCACGCAGAAACGUGCACUGCAGCUGCCGGUGAAGGUCACCUGGAACUUCUAAAAUAUGCCAUUGAACACGGAUGUCCAUGGAAUGAACUUGAAUGCAGCCGCCAUGCUGCUUCUGGAGGCAAGGUCGAAGUAUUGAAAUGGUUACUCGAAAACGGCUGUCCAUGGAAUACGACUGCCCAAACAUGUUCUAGUGCCGCAAGAAGCGGUCACCUAGAAACUCUGAAAUAUGUACGUGAGAAUGACUCGCCCUGGGACGAACAAACCUUCGCCAGUGCUGCUGCUGCCGGAAAUCUCGAAGUGCUGAAGUGGCUUCAAGACCAAGGUUGCCCAUGGGAUGAACGUGCAUGUAUGGAUGCUGCUGAUAAUGCAGCUAUUGAAGCGUUGCAAUGGCUUCGAGACAAUGGCUGUCCCUGGGAUGCUCGCACGUGCGCAAGCGCCGCUGGCAUCGAUUUUGCAACAUUGAAGUGGGCUCACGAGAACGGGUGCCCCUGGGAUGCAAAGACUUGUGAGAUUCUUGCAGAAUCCAAUAAUCUGGAAGGUUUGAAGUGGGUUCGUGAGAGAGGAUGCCCAUGGGAUGAGCACACAGUUGAUGCUGCAUAUGAUUCUGGAUAUGAGGCAAUGAUGAAUUGGGCUAUUGACAAUGGAUGCCCUGUGAGUCCCUAUAUCCAAGCAAGACUGGACGGAAUUUUUUGA